UUCUGAAUUGCCAAAAGAGAGGCAGAGCUUCAGAUCCACAGCCGCAGGAAAAAGCCGUGCAACCGGAUCCUGGGAAGGUUUACUUGCAAUUGGAGGUGACCUAACAGAAGAGGAUGAAGAUGGAAGAGCAGGGCCCAAAAGGACCAGGAAUUGGCAAGAAAUCUAGGAAAGACCCCCAUCCCAUCCAGGCGGGGAUUGGUGUUGAAUUCUGGGAAAGAGCUGUGCCAGAGAUCCUGCAUCAGGACACUGGGAACUUGGAUGAACACCGCCAGCGCUUCCGGAAGUUCUGCUACCAUGAAACUACUGGGCCCCGAGAGGUUUGCAGCCAGCUCCAUAGACUUUGCAGCCACUGGCUGAAGGCAGAGAGGCACUCCAAGAAGCAGAUCCUAGACCUGGUGAUCCUGGAACAGUUCUUGGCCAUCCUGCCCCUGGAGAUGGAGAGCUGGGUCAGAGGAUGUGGGCCGGAGACCAGUUCCCAGGCGGUGGCCCUGGCUGAAGGUUUCCUCCUGAGUCAGGCAGAGGAGAAGAGGCAGGCAGAGCAGAUGUGGGGACCAUUUGUGAAGAUGGAAGCAAAGUUCUCUGAGGAGGAAGGGUCUCCCUGGGAGGAACAGCAAAGGGCACAAGCCCAGGAGCCUGCCCAAGAUGCCUUCUCAUGUGGCAGUGAAGAGAUGGUGUCAACCCAUCAUCUUUGUGGAGGAGUGGAACAGGCCAUUGCCCCUGCAGUCCAGUCUCCAGUUUCCAUUGAGGAUGUGGCUGUGUAUUUCACUGAGGCUGAGUGGGCCCUGCUCGAUCCGGGCCAAAGAGCUCUCUACGUGGAAGUCAUGCUGGACAAUCUUGGGAGUGCAGUCUCUCUAGAAGGUCGGGAUGCAAGAGAGACUACAGUGGAGAUAGUGGAGUGUUUCUCAAGAAGAUCUCAGCACAAUAUUUCCUUCCCAAGUGAGCCAGCUGCGACAGGUGAUGUUGAAGAGAUGGUUGGGGAACUUCAGGGGUUCUCACCAGAAGAAGACACGAAUCAAGAGUCUGAAUGUAACUUCAGGGAUCAAGAUGGACCACAGAAGCAGGAGGGAAGCCACACAGAGGAGACAAGAGAUAAACUUCUUCCUUCCCAAGAAGAGGAUUUCUGUGAAGUAAUUCCAAUGGUGAAGGAAACAAGCGCAGGUUUGGAGUGUGGACUAAACGUUUCAGAUGAAACUCAAUAUAAUAUCCAUUUGCAAAAGGAUUUGGGAAAGGUCCAUAAAUGUCUGCAGUGUAGAAAGAGCUUCCUUUGUGAAGAAGAGCUCAUUAGACACCAAAGAAUCCAUACAGGAGAAAACAUGUAUAGUUGUUCAGACAGCAGCAGGAGGUUCUCAGAGAAAACACCAGAUAUUCAACACCAGAUAGUUCAUUCAGGGAUUAAUCCUGAACUAGUCGACUCAGAAGUAAACCCAAUUUUAUUCAAUGGGUAUUACUCUUGGGAAAGUGUUCAUAGGGUUGCAGCCUCAGGAGAGGAGCCAUUUAUCUGCUCAGAGAAUGGUAAGGGUUUCCCCGAUGGGAAGACACAUAAGUGCUUUCCGUGUGGAAAGUAUUUCAAGUAUAGAUCUGAGCUACUUUUGCACCAAAGAACUCACACAGGGGAAAAACCUUUUGAAUGUUCAGAGUGUGGGAAGAAGUUCAGUAGGAAUUUCUGUCUUCAACAGCAUCAAAGAACUCAUACAGGGGAGAAACCUUUUGAAUGCUCAGAAUGUGGAAAGAGAUUCAGUUAUUAUGUCACUCUUCAGCAGCAUCUGAGAAUCCACACAGGGGAGAAACCUUAUGAAUGCUCAGAGUGUGGAAAGAGAUUCAGUCAGUAUGUCAGUCUUCAGCAUCAUCAGAGAAGCCACACAGGGGAGAAACCUUUUGAAUGCUCAGCAUGUGGAAAGAGUUUCAGUCAGUAUGUCACUCUUCAACAUCAUUACAGCACCCACACAGGGGAGAAACCUUUUGAAUGCUCAGAGUGUGGGAAGAAAUGCAGUAGGAGUUCCCAACUGCAACAGCAUCUAAAAACACACACAGGAGAAAAACCUUUUGAAUGUGCAGUGUGUGGAAAGAAAUUCAGUAGGAAUUUCUGUCUUCAGAAGCAUCAGAGAAUCCACACAGGGGAGAAACCUUUUGAAUGCUUAGCGUGUGGAAAUAAAUUCAGUCAGUAUGUCACUCUUCAACAGCAUCAGAGAAUCCAUACAGGGGAGAAACCUUUUGAAUGCUCAGAGUGUGGAAAGACAUUCAGUCAGCGUGGCACUCUUCAGAAGCAUCAAAAAACCCAUACAGGGGAGAAACCUUUUGAAUGCUCAGAGUGUGGAAAGGGGUUCAGUCAGAACAGCCAUCUUCAAAGGCAUCUAAGAACCCACACAGAGAAGAAAUCUUUUGAAUGAGUAGUAUAUUAUAUUCCAUUAAAAAUGACAGCAAGGGAUGGGGGGUGCAAAUUCUUGCUAAUAAAAAUAUGCUUUGUAUAUUAUCACCCUAAUAAAAUACUGUUUCUUUGCAUGUAA